UUUGCUGACACAAUGACAGUGCUGAAGAGACCGGAGAGCCAUUAGAGCUUACAUCUGCUGUUUAGUGUGACGAAAGUUUGCUGACCUCUGGGCUAGGCCAGAUCUGGAGUCCGACUGGGAAUUGAGGACCUUUGAGUUGUUGCCAGCAUUCUAGAAGUGCUUAGGGCUUAGUCAGUCUGUUUUCAGAAUUCCAUUGCAAGCUGGACAUUAGAUACUAUAUGAUGCUUGCCUUUGGUGUCGUUUCAUUGAGCCUUUCUGGUUGCUUAGACUCUUAUUUGUCCAUCUCUGUCUUCCUGAAACAGCCUUGCUAUUUAUCUGACUGGGCACCAGCCUGGCUGUGUCAGGCAAGAAGCCUGCAGCUUCCAGGGGCUCCCAGUUACCGCAGGGGUUCUCUCGCCCGUCCUCCAGUCUUAGGGGAAGAGGAAGCAGCUGUGACCCUACCGCUGAUUGGAGAGGCAGAAAACCUUGGGAUGAUUAAAUUUAUAUGCUUGGCGGAGAGACCAUGGAAGAGCCAUGACCUAGACUUCGAAAGAGGCAAUGUAAUGAAUCCAGUUCUUGCAGAUGAAAAAAACUACAUCAGAACUGUCUUCUGCCCUCCAGUCUUCCAUUAGUGCCCCUGUGAGCACAGGAUUUAUUUUUAUCCCCAACCCCUUCCUCCCAGGUUACCAAUGGCACUGGGUGAAGCAGUGCCUUAAACUGUAUUCCCAGAAACCUAAUGUGUGCAACCUGGACAAACACAUGACUGAAGAAGAGAUCCAAGAUGUGUGGGAACAGAGCAAAGCAUCUCUGAGGUGCAAAGAAGUGAAUAAACGGAGACCCCGAAGUUUACUGGAGAAGCUGCGCUGGGUGACCCUGGGCUACCAUUAUAAUUGGGACAGUAAGAAAUACUCAGCAGAUCAUUACACACCUUUCCCUUCUGACCUGGCUUUCCUCUCAGAGCAAGUGGCCGCGGCCUGUGGCUUUCAGGGCUUCCGAGCUGAGGCAGGCAUCCUGAACUACUACCGCCUGGACUCCACCCUGGGGAUCCACGUGGACAGAUCGGAACUGGAUCACUCAAAACCCCUGCUCUCCUUCAGCUUUGGACAGUCAGCCAUCUUUCUCCUGGGUGGCCGCCAAAGAGAGGAGAUGCCCACAGCCAUGUUUAUGCACAGUGGUGACAUCAUGGUAAUGUCAGGUUUCAGCCGCCUGUUGAACCAUGCAGUCCCUCGUGUCCUUCCGCAUCCCGCGGGGGAAGGCCUGCCUCGCUGCCUGGAAACGCCUCUCCCCACCGACCUCCCCGGAGAUUCAGUGGUGCAGCCCUGUUCUCUGGAAGACUGGCAGGUGUGUUCCAGCUACUUGAAAACAGCUCGUGUAAACAUGACUGUCCGGCAGGUACUGGCCACAGAUCAAGACUUCCCUUUGGAGCCCACGGAGGAGAGAAAAAGAGACAUUCCCAGCAGUGGCUGCUGCCGUCUGGGUGAUGAAAAUUGCCAAGUCAAACGGGCACGGUCAGACCCUGACAGCUGAGGCCUGCUCGGCACAUUCUUUUCUGCAAGCAAUCCUUCCAGUAAAUGACCACACUGCUUUCUGUUGCCAGUUGCCUGUCACCAAGACAAGCCCAAAACAAACAGGGAAGGACUCGCCAGUCAUCACGCUGUUGCCUUGAAAUGCACCCUGAAGCAUAAAGUGGUGAACCGCUUUACUCAGGAAGUCGUUGAUACGUCCCUGUGUGGGUUAGAUGUCAUCCUCUGCUUCACCUUCUUGGCCUCCACCAUGACCUUGAGCGAGUGUCUCUGGAAUCUUGAAAUACCUCAGAUUUUACCCACGGGGGAUGCAGUGCCCCUCCGCUUGCUGCCCCCGGGAACCUGGGGGUUCUUAAGGCAGCCUGUAGACUCACCUUAACUCACCCAAUUACCACCGAGGUUUUAAUCUUCCAUCCCCUCUGGCUGUCAUGUUACCACAAUGAAACUAGAAACCAUAUCCCCUGGAAAGGAAAUUAAUCACAGCUGUUUCCCUUGCCUAAAAGAUAAACAUUUGCAAAUCUAUGGAAAAAGGGACCCAGAUCUCCAAACACUCCCUGUUUGCUUUUCAAUGCAAUUUUAAUUGUUGGGCCAAAAAAAGCCCCAAGGGUGUUCUGUUAAUGUUUUCUCCAUAAAUAAACUUAACUUGAUUUUAAAUUAAA